AUGGAGGAAAAAAGAGUAGGAAUUAUUGGAGGUGGAAUUAGUGGUCUUUUAGCAUGCAAAUAUACAUUAGAAAAAGGUUUAAUUCCUAUAGUUUUUGAAGCUUCAAAUGCAAUUGGUGGUGUUUGGACACAAACAAUUGAAUCAACAAGGCUACAAAGUCCAAAAAGGACAUUUGAAUUUACUGAUUUUCCAUGGCCUAAAAGUGUUAGAGGAAGGUAUCCUCAUAACAAAGAAGUUUUGAAGUAUGUUGAAGAUUAUGCAAAGCAUUUUGGGUUAAUGGGAUAUAUUCAAUUGAAUACUAAAGUUAUUGGGAUUAAUUAUGUUGGAGUUAGUGGUUAUGAUAUGGAUUCUUGGGAGUUUUGGAGUGGAAAUGGAAAUGCAUUUGGCUCUGAGGGGAAAUGGCAAAUCUUGGUGCAACAUGAGGACUUCACCACUCAGGAAUAUGAAGUCGAGUUUUUGAUUCUAUGCAUUGGAAGGUAUAGUGGUUUAGCAAAUAUGCCGGAGUUUCCUCUUGGUGAAGGACCGGACAUUUUCGCCGGAAAAGUGAUACAUUCUAUGGAUUUCUCAGCCAUGGAUAAUGAAAGUGCUAGAGAACUUAUUAAAGGGAAGAGAGUUGCGGUUAUUGGUUCUCAAAAAUCAGCUAUAGAUAUAGCGGCUGAAUGCGCGAAUGUUAAUGGUCCUGAAAUUCCUUGUACAUUGGUACAAAGAACAAUACCAUGGGCACUCCCUAGUGGAUGUUUUUGGUGGGGAGCUACUCUUGGAAAUUUAUAUGGUAGUCGAUUUUCAGAGCUCUUGGUUCACAAGCCUGGCCAAAACAUUAUAUAUAGUGUGGUGGCCUCUCUACUUGCUCCUAUGAGAUGGGGUUUCUCAAAAUUUGUGGAGAGUUAUAUUACAUGGAAGUUACCAUUGAAGAAAUACAACAUGGUACCAAAACAAAGCUUUCUUCAAGACAUGUCUUCUUGCAAGUCCUUUUUAUUGCCUGAUAAUUUCUAUGGAAAAGUUGAAGAAGGAAGCAUUGUUCUAAAGAAAAUACAACAUUUUUCCUUCAUCAAACAAGGCUUAAUUCUUGAUGGAGAAGUUGGUAAGCCAAUAAAAGCUGACCUUGUUAUCUUUGCUACUGGAUAUAAAGGUCAAGAAAAAUUGAAGAAUAUGUUUUCCUCAAAAAAGUUUCAAAAUCACAUAGUAGGAUCACCAAACUCAAUUAUUCCUCUUUACAGGUACACAUUACUUCUAGUACUAUCUCUUGUCUUUUCGUAG